CACAGCAGCGGCCAGCGGCAGCAGCUUGUGUUGUUAUGCUGAUAUUGUUUGUUAUUAUAAUAACGGAGCGGAGCUGUUUAUGUGUUGUGCACGGCCGCCGCCAGUCCUGAAUGUGUGUGUGUGGUAAUACUAACGUUGCAUCGUACGAUUAUUAUUAUUGUUUAUUAUUCGUGUAGCGUUGCGGCUGUUUUGUAUUUACUUUUAUUUUUUUGCCGUUGUCGUUUUCGCCUAACAUGGACGUCCGUGCGAUGGCCCGUCGGACGAUUUGACGGUGUGUCGCGUCGCGGUGGUGCAGCAACAACGUACACACAACGUAGUCGCGAUUCGCAAAUGCCUCACAAUAAUGGCGACGGUCAGCCGAUGGUAUUGCUCCGCCGGCUAGCGCCCGAGCAGAUCGACCGAUUUAGCGGCCGCAGAAGGCGGCCACAACAUUAUAUGGGCAACAGUAUAAGCAAGGUGAAUGGCGAAGUUCACAGCGACGGCACGUCCCCCCUUGCCAACGGCCACGACCGCGACGGACAGAUUGAAUGCGCCGAGAAAAAUUCAAAAGUGAACGGCCACGACAAUAGUGUCGUCGACAAACCGUAUCAGAUGGCCCAUCACUCGAAGAGCACCAGUGCGAACACGGUCGGCGCGACGUCGAAAAGACGGACGAGCACUGUUUUUGCCAACAACGGUACCGCGAUUGCUCUGGCGGCGAACACGGCCGUAAGCCCAAAUGUCAAGGGCAAUGAGGAAGCGAUUAAGGAAAAUUCAAAUGUCGAUCGCAAAACCAGUGGUGCGUCAAAAGUGGUGCCGUCUAGACCAAGAGGAAGACCGCCACGAAAUCGUGCGGUCGAAACCGUUAAAUCCAAUGUUGGUGCUAACACAAAAUGCAAUGGUUUAGUCAAACAAGUCAGCCCUACUGUUGUCCAUACGACAGUAGAAAAAACACAAGAAUGUGAACUUGCCCUGACCUCUCGCAAGAGGAAACAUUCUGCCGAAGAUCUCAAAGAUAAUACCACACCUGUGAAACGUGCAAUCAUUCUCGAAAAAGAACCUGAAAAAGGAGAAUAUUAUGGCUUCCUAGCUGGGUACAGCUCGUUGCUUCAUCCCCGACUAGAAUCGUUAUACUUACAUAGUUACUGGCCAGCCAAUUGGGCUUAUUCUGCUCAGUCAUUGACGGGUCACGUCUUAAAAAAAACCACCAAGGAAUCGUUGCGAAAAAUACGACAAAUCAUGUCUAACAGUAGUAAUGUCGGUAGUAUAGUGUCGAAGAGUAGUAUUAACUAUGCGCCGUGUUUAACUACAGCCGCUUCAACGUCAGCGCUUUCGGCAAAUUCUACGUCGGUGCAGUCGAAGAAAAACGAAGAAGUGAAACUGCACCCGGCAACUCGUAGAGGACGUCGUAAAAAAAUUGUUUCCGAUAAUGUUCAAGAUACUGAAACCAGGAAAAAACAGGGAAGACCUCCGGGUGCACGUAACAAGCAUUUGGCUGGCGUACUUAAAGACAUCAGUCCAAGGAAGUCGCCCAGACAGCAUGCUUCGACGUUGGCCGCAAAAGCUACUAAAGCUAAAGUCACAACCGUCGAUGAGAGUGAUGUGGUGAAUUUGACGUACGAAGAAGAAUCGCCUUUGCCGCCUGUGUUGGACGCUCCGAUCGAGAUUACACACAACGCUCAAAGACAGCGUAAUAGGAAAUCGGGAUUAUCGUCGAACCGCCAUAGCGGCCCCCGGAGACGCACUCCACCACCGCCUAAACUGUGCGCUCAACAGAAUGACAAGAGCGGUGAAGUCAAACUGCGCACUAAGCACGUCGACGUAGUAAGACGUAAAGUUCGAGACGAAAGAAUACGCAACAUUAUGCAGACUAAGCAGCUGGCUUCCAUCAGAGAGAUUGCCGAGAAAAACCGUCGAGAGUUUGCGAUGGAAUUCCAACAGUAUAACGACGUGGACGAGGAAAACUCAAACCCGUGUAUAGUAUUGCCUCCGUGUGAACACAAAGAAUGGAAUACGUCAUUUGACGUUAAGGGACUUAACAAUAUGUGUGCUCAAAUCAUGUAUGAGCAAAGUGCAGACAAAAGAUACCUACUGCAGGCUUUGCCUCAAGACCUGUUGAAAGUUUUGCAGCGUUCAAUUACAGUGGCCAAAUCCCGACGAGUGGGAGACGAUUGUUACAUAACCGAUUGCAAUGCAACGAUAAAUUCAAUCGAUCCGAGGAAAAGACGCAACAAAUACUCGAGAAAGAAAAAACAAAAUAUGACCGGUUGGCCCAAAGAAAAGCGAAGGAAAGCGCCGGCCCAGGCGUCAGAAAAUGUUUCGGAAGAAGAUGAUCAAGUAGAAGAGAAAACCAAAUCUACUGUAAAACGGAGGACUUCUGCAGUCGUACAAAAGCAGAGCCGUAAAAGACUUAAGUUGCAGCAGGCAUCGGCGACCACAUCCCAAAGACGACAAAAAAGGAAGAGUGGUGGUCCGGCGGUUACGCCUGGACCUAAGAAAGGUCGCCCGUUCAAAAAGACAGUCGCCGUAGAAAAUGCUAACCCGAAGAGGAGUCCGCAAAAAAAAUUGGUCAUUUCUGAAACUCUUGCCGCUGACGAAUUGAAAAGCGUUCCAGUACAGCCUCGAAGAACUCCCGGACGACCACGUGGAACUCCCGGACGACCACGAGGAUCCCCCGGACGACCCAAAGGCAGUCCCGGACGACCCAAAGGCACCCCUGGACGACCCAAAGGCACUCCUGGGCGACCUAGAGGCAGCGUUGGUCGUCAAAGGCGACGUUUGAAAAAGCUUCACUACGACUCCGAUACAGACAGUCCUUCUAACCAUCAUCGAUCCGUACUCCCUCGUAAACAACGCGUCAAGUUAGUAAUCAAGCGUAACAAAAGACCUGAAACGACAGUGUCGCAGUACCACUUGACCAGACGCCGAAAACAGUUGGCCGCGUCAAACGUAUGGGACGAAGGAAGAGGUCGGCCAAAACGUUACAAAGUAUCGAGCGCCGUAGAAGAAGCGUUUGUUGGCUCGCAACCAUUCGAACAGCAUUGUCCUUCGGAUCCGUGCGCAAUACUAUCGACGGUGGAAGACGAUACGUAAUUUAUGACAAUUUUUGUAUAUCUUUUUUUAUUUUUAUUUGAAAUGUUUCUACUUCUAGCCUAAUAAUAAUUAUUUAAGACUGUGCUGCGGUUCCUCCAUGUAAAUCAUUCCCUAUAUAAAAAGAGUAAAUAAUAUUGUACAUAGUUAGUGCCAUUUUGUAACUGUGUAUACACCCAUAGUUAAUUUAUUGAGUAUGUAUUUCAUUUUUUCUUUAUAGAUAAUUUAUUGAAGGUAAUACAUUAAUAAAACACAAUAAUUAUUUUGAUUGUAAUUUGGAAUUUUAUUGUCAUAUUAACUGCCAAAAUUUUAUCACAAAUGACAAGUGAAAAAUAUAAACCGUUCAUUUUAUGUUUGACGAGCGACAAUAGUACCGGAGCGGAUGAAAACAGAAAUCUUCAGUGAGCAUUACUUAUUUGUUUAAAACUAAUGUAUUUUUUCCAGUUUAUAACGUAGCUCUAUGUUGAAAAAAAAAAACGAAUAGAAAAUGUUUUCCUAUUAGCAAGUUGAGCAGUAAU